AUGCUUGCUCUUGGAAUUGAAGGAAGCGCUAAUAAAAUCAGCGUAGGGAUUGUGGAUGAGAAAGGAAAUAUUUUGGCAAAUCCUAGGAAGACUUAUAAUGGGCCUCCAGGAAGUGGAUUUUUACCGAAAGAAACUGCAGAGCAUCAUAGAGCAAAUAUUCUAGGACUAAUUGAUGAAGCACUUGCAGAAGCCAAUAUUACUAUGGAUAAUAUAGGCUUAAUUUGCUACACAAAAGGACCGGGAAUGGCUAAUCCGCUAAGUGUCGGUGCUCUUGUAGCAAGAACCCUGAGCCAAAUGUUCGAAAUUCCCAUUAUAGGAGUCAAUCAUUGCGUAGCUCAUAUAGAGAUGGGAAGGCUUGUGACAGGCGCUGAAAACCCAACAGUUCUUUACGUUUCUGGAGGAAAUUCCCAGGUAAUUGCUUAUAAUGAAGGAAAAUACCGAAUAUUUGGUGAGACUAUUGACAUUGCAGUUGGAAACUGUUUAGAUCGUUUUGCAAGAAUCCUGAAAAUUCCAAAUGAGCCAGCACCUGGAUAUAAUAUCGAGCAGCUUGCUAAAAAGGGCACAAACUUUAUUGAAUUGCCAUACUCAGUGAAAGGAAUGGAUGUCUCUUUUUCCGGACUUCUAUCUCAUAUAGAAAAAAUCGCAGAUAAAUACCCUCCUGAAGACCUCUGCUUUUCUUUGCAAGAGACUGCUUUUGCCAUGCUGGUAGAAACAGCUGAGCGAGCUAUGGCUCAUUGCAACUCAAAUGAAGUUUUAAUUGUUGGAGGAGUCGGCUGCAAUCUGAGACUCCAAAAAAUGGUCCAAGAAAUGCUUGAAGAAAGAGGAGGAAUGCUGCAUGCAAUGGACGAGCGAUACUGUAUUGAUAAUGGAGCCAUGAUUGCUUAUACAGGAUUAAUCCAGUUUUUAAGCAGCGGAGGAAUGAAGCUUAAUGAUUGUAUAUUUACACAAAGGUUCAGGACUGAUGAAGUUGAUGUAACUUGGAGGAAUAAAUAA